GUGAAUACUGUUGUGAUCGUGGUCAAAGUCUUUGUGGCGAAUGCGCUAGAUCCUGUGUUGGAAAAUCGUGUAAAGAUGAUUCGCACUGCGGAUCAGAUGAAUCUUGUUGUUCUAAUGGAACAUGCGCGUUCAACUGUAUUGGAGAAUUUUGUUUCUCCGAUGGAGACUGUGCAUCAGGUGAAUCCUGUUGUGGUUCUUUUAACAAAGUAUGCGUCACAAAUUGUAUUGGAGAAUCGUGUAACUCCGAUGGUGACUGUUCCACUGGACAAUGUUGUGAUCACGAUAAGAAAUGUAAAGCAGGAAAUUGCGACAAGGAUGUUUCUGGAUUUAAAGAAAAUAAUUUUAUAUAUGGCAUAGUUAUUCUUAUAGGGUCUUUCAUUCUGGUUAUUAUCAUAUUUAUUAUAGUAAAGGCUGGGGCGGCAGCAACCUCGAGACGCCCCAAUCAAAAAAGAGUACCACCAUCGGCCAACGCAGGAAAUACAGUUCUUGCAACUCAAAAACAGCAACAACGAUUGGAUAUCCGAAACCUUGAACCGUACCCUAAUCAACCCCCACCCCCGUACACCAGCCGACCCUCGACACCGGAUCAACCUCGAGACAGAAUCUCCCCACCAGCAUACAGCCCACCAGCAUACAGCCAACCCCCAUCGCCAAGUGACCCACCAGUUGAAAUGACCCCACAUGUUAUAUUCAGAGACGGCUCAUAG